UGAAACAACCGAUGAGUCUGAGGAGCCAUUUUGAGCAGUGGGGAACGCUCACAGAUUGUGUGGUAAUGAGGGAUCCAAACACCAAGCGCUCCAGAGGCUUCGGGUUUGUCACAUAUGCCACUGUGGAGGAGGUGGAUGCAGCCAUGAAUGCAAGGCCACACAAGGUGGAUGGAAGAGUGGUGGAACCAAAGAGGGCCUUCUCAAGAGAAGAUUCUCAAAGACCUGGUGCCCACUUAACUAAAUACCACACUGUGAAUGGCCACAACCGUGAAGUAAGGAAAGCACUAUCUAAGCAAGAGAUGGCUAGUGCUUCAUCCAGCCAAAGAGGUCGAAGUGGUUCUAGAAACUUUGGUGGUGGUCAUGGUGGUGGUUUUGGUGGGAAUGACAACUUUGUUUGUGGAGGAAACUUCAGUGCUCGAGGUGGCUUUGGUGGCAGCCGUGGUAGCGGUGGAUAUGGUGGCAGUGGGGAUGGCUAUAAUGGAUUUGGUAAUGAUGGAAGCAAUUUUGGAGGUGGUGGAAGCUACAAUGAUUUUGGAAAUUACAACAAUCAAUCUUCAAAAUUUGGGCCCAUGAAAGGAGGAAACUUUGGAGGCAGAAGUUCUGGUCCCUAUAGUGGUGGAGGCUAA